AUGAUAAGAUGGAAGGUUUAUGAAAAGGUUGAUAAACUCAAAGGAGAAGAAGAAGAAGAAGGAAAAAAAUUUUUUUUUUAUAUUCAAAUCAAAGAUGAAGAAGAAGAAGAUGGUGGAGAUAAAUGCUUGUCAACGUUGGAUUUGACGUCAUUAGGAGUUGGGUCGUGCGUCGGUACUGGAAUGUAUUUGGUUGCUGGAAUGGUUGCAAAAAAUUAUGCCGGACCUGGAGUCAUUUUUUCAUUUAUCAUUGCCGCGGUUGCUUCCAUAUUUUCAGGGGCUUGUUAUGCUGAAUUUGGCGUUAGAGUACCACACACGACAGGUUCUGCAUACAUGUACAGUUACGUUACCGUCGGUGAAUUCAUUGCCUUCGUCAUCGGAUGGAACAUGAUACUCGAAUAUCUUAUUGGUACGGCAGCAUGUUCUUGCGCAUUGAGCGCUUGUUUGAAUGCUUUAACAAACGGGAAAAUAAGCAACGCGACAGCAGAAACCUUCGGAACCAUGUUUGGUCAUCCUCCAGACUUUUUAUCAUUCAUAAUAACGAUUUUAAUGAUGAUAAUAAUGGCGGCGGGAGUUAAAAAAUCAUUGAUAUUCAAUAAUAUAUUAAACGCGAUUAAUUUAGCCGUUUGGGUUUUCGUCAUGACUGCCGGAUUAUUUUACGUUGAUGGAGAAAAUUGGUCUGAACAUAAAGGAUUUUUACCCUACGGUUGGUCAGGGGUUUUUACGGGUGCAGCAACUUGUUUUUACGCGUUCAUUGGCUUUGAUAUAAUUGCAACAACCGGAGAAGAAGCACAAAAUCCAAAGAAAUCAAUACCGUAUGCGAUAGUAUCAAGUCUAAUUAUAAUAUUAAUUGCAUACGUAACGAGUUCGAUGAUGUUAACUCUGAUCGUGCCGUACGAAGAAGUUGAUCCGGAUUCGGCUUUGGUGGAAAUGUUUGGACAAGUCGGUGCGUACAAUAGUAAAUAUAUAGUAGCUGUUGGAGCAUUGGCAGGUUUGACGGUUUCAAUGUUCGGUUCCAUGUUUCCAAUGCCUCGAAUCGUUUAUGCUAUGGCACAAGAUGGCUUAAUAUUUAAACAAUUAUCACACAUAUGGUUUCUAACGGGUACUCCAGCUUUUGCAACAUUAGUUUCCGGAUUGUCUGCUGCCGUCGCGGCACUUUUUCUCAAAUUAGAAAUACUCGUUGAAAUGAUGUCCAUCGGUACACUGUUGGCAUAUACUCUCGUAUCGACAUGCGUGUUGAUACUUCGCUACCAACCCCAUUCCACGAACUUGAUAGAACUAUUACCGGAAUCAUUGAGAACUCCGGUAAAAGGUUCACCGACGAAGGAAACGAUGAGUAAUGGGCAAGUCGUUUUCGGAAACAAACUUCAUCCGGAUGAAUUGAGGUCAGCACUUGAAGGAGCAUCAUCGCCUCUACCUACUUCCUAUUCGCCGACUCCAUCCGACAUUAGUAGACAACGAGUCAUGGUUAGAAGAGUGACGAGAUCUUCUCCAGACAGCGACGAUACUUAUCCGGGCGAUGAUGAAGAAUUUGGAAUGAAAGACGAUCAAUUUUUAGUAUCGGAUCGUAGCGAAAAUAAAUUUUACGGUUCGCUACCGGGUGCAGCGAGUUGUAAUACUGGAAGUAUGGGACCCGCCUUGGGAAAUUUAGGUAGAAGAUUUCAGGCGCUCACAUAUUUGUGUCCGGCAAUAUUUCCAUGGGUGGAUACGGGACCGGCAACAACCGAAUCCGGAAUGUUUGUUAUCAAAAUGGUGGCAAUUCUUUAUUUGUUAAUAUUUAUUUUCGAUUUAAUUAUAGUUGCCGGUUUGGAAAACAUGAAUUGGGCCACGACUUUUUUCCUAUUUGUUUUUCUUAUUGGCAUAAUAGGAGUUUUAUUAAUAAUAUCUAGAAAACCGCAAAACAAGAAAACUUUAAUGUUCAUGACACCAGGUUUACCAUUUGUACCGGCAAUAGCAGUUACCGUUAACAUAUAUUUAAUUUUUAAACUUUCAAUAUUGACGUUAGUAAGAUUUACCAUUUGGAUGAUUGUAGGUCUUUUAGUUUAUUUUAAAUACGGUAUUAAAAACAGCACGUUGGAAACGGAAGUGGAAGAAUCGAGCGAACCGGAAUGUCCGCAAAACAUCGAGUUGACAAUACCUAAAACGGAUGAAUAUAGAGGAGGAGUUUUUGCACCACCGUCUCCGACUCAACAACAACAAACAACAACACAACAACAAUCGGGUCAAGAUUACAACACGUCGAGAAGCGGAUUAUUCGUAUCGGAUCCUUUAGCAUUUCCAACGUGGGACGAUUAA